ACACCAUUGGGUCAUUUCCGGCUUGGUAAACUAGUCACGGCUAUUUCUGCAAGUGAAACAAAAGAGUUGGAAUAUGACUGUGCAGUUUGUAUUAUAUGUUGUUUACUACUAAAUUGCUAUUGUUUAUAUUCCGCUGGAUCCCUAACUUUAAAAAUGGCCAUCCCUAUGGAAACUCAGUUGCAAAGUAUCUUCGAGGAGGUUGUGAAAACAGAAAUUAUUGAAGAGGCCUUUCCUGGCAUGUUCAUGGACACUCCGGAAGAUGAACGAACAAAGCUGCUCACUUGUCUUGGAGCAUUCAGACAGUACUGGUCUACCCUUCCUCAGGACUGCCAUGAACAGUGUGUCCAGUGGGUUGUUAGAUUUAUUCAUGGCCAGCAUAGCCCCAAAAGGAUUUCAUUUCUCUACGACUGUUUGGCAAUGGCUGUGGAAACGGGACUCCUACCACCCAAGUUGGUGUGCGAGUCUCUUGUCAAUUCAGAUAGUCUUGAAUGGGAAAGGACUCAGCUGUGGGCUCUAACCUUUCGCCUAGUUCGGAAAAUCAUUGGUGGUGUGGAUUACAAGGGAGUACGUGACCUGUUGAAAGUAGUACUGGAAAAAAUCCAUACUGUACCUAACACAGUUAGCUCUGCUGUUGUGCAGCAGCUUUUAUCUGCAAGGGAGCUCGUGGAAUACAUUCUGGACAGAAAUGCCUGCUUGCUACCAGCGUACUUUGCUGUUACGGAAAUUCGAAAACUUUAUCCUGAAGGGAAACUCCCGCAUUGGGUAAACCUGUUUGUCCUUUAUUUACAGUUAACAUUGUUACUAAACAUUAUUGCUAAAUGCUCUUGGGCAAUAAGAUAUCUGUAG